CUACAACUCCCAGCAGGCCGUGCGGGAGAGGGCAAGGCGGGCCUUUUGCCGGAAGUCCGCUCUGACCCUGCGUCCCCCGACUGCUGCCAGAGCCGGAGCCGCCCAGUCGCCGCGGGACCUGGGACACUGGGGUCCGGACGAGGGUCGCCAUGAUCCGCUUCAUCCUCAUCCAGAACCGAGCAGGCAAGACGCGCCUGGCCAAGUGGUACAUGCAGUUUGACGACGAUGAGAAACAGAAGUUGAUCGAGGAGGUACACGCUGUGGUCACUGUCCGGGACGCCAAACACACCAACUUUGUGGAGUUCCGGAACUUCAAGAUCAUUUACCGACGCUACGCCGGCCUCUACUUCUGCAUCUGUGUGGACGUCAAUGACAACAACCUGGCCUAUCUGGAGGCUAUCCACAACUUCGUGGAGGUCUUAAAUGAGUAUUUCCACAAUGUCUGCGAGCUGGACCUGGUGUUCAACUUCUACAAGGUGUACACAGUCGUGGACGAGAUGUUCCUGGCCGGCGAGAUCCGCGAGACCAGCCAGACGAAGGUGCUGAAACAGCUGCUGAUGCUGCAGUCACUUGAGUGAGGACAGACGAGCCGCCCCCGCCCCAGCCCCCUCCCUGGACUUGCCCUUCCCGGGCCCGGGGCCCCCCCCAGCAGCCCCCUCCCUCCGCUACCCAGGAGGAGGGGACCCAGCUGGGUCUGGGACACACGGGAGGAGGCUGCACCCCACUCCCCUCUGGGCCCCGGUCAUGGGGCGAAGGCGUGUGUGAGUAACCAUGCUGUUGUCGUGCGGUGCUGUGAGGUCCCCAAUAAACCUGUGGUCCCCGCCUGA